AAUGAAAAUGAAACAGCUUUACGAUAAAGAUUGAAAACUAAUAAUAUUGAAAUGAUACAGGAUCAUAAUAUAAUGUGUGUCAGAGAGACAAAGAAGGGCUGACUUGAAGUAUGUAUCUACAAAUGAUAAACAGAUGAUUAACUUGUGGCGCACAGAGCACAGCUGAAAACGAAAGUGUUCCGUGGAGUCAGACUCCAUUUCAGAACAGCUGGAAAACCGGAAACUGACGCAGUUAAAAUUCCACGGAGGCUUUGUACUUGUUUGCAUGUUUUGUGACCUGCUGCAGGAGCUUGAGCGACCAUAUACAGCCUGUUACAUAUCUGCAAAUGAUUAACUUUUACAGCUGAUUGGUUCAAGUGGGAACAGAACAGACACACACACACACACACACACACACACACACACACACAGGGGAGGAGCAGCUGAAAACGAAAGUGUUCAGAGUCAGACUCCAUUUUAACUGAGCAGAACAGGAGGAAAACAGGAAACUGCCUCAUCGUCUGUGGGAGGAAGGUCCAGGCUCCAUCACAGAGAAGAGUUGGUUCAUCAGAACAGAGGAAACGACAGAGUCACAGCUCUGAACACUCGUUGGAACAAGAGAGGACGAGGAGACGAACAUGGAGGAACAUGUUGGAGCUUCACCUCUCAGACCAGAGAAGAUGAGUGAUCUGGAGGAAGAAGAGGACAGAGCAGAGUCUCCAGUGUCCAGCUGUGUGUCCAUGAAGAGUGACUGGUCCAAAGAUGAACCUCCAGACUUCAGUGGUGAACCUGGACCCUCACACUCUGAACAAAGAUCAGAGUCUCCAGUGUCCAGCUGUGUGUCCAUGAAGAGUGACUGGUCCAAAGAUCAUCCUCCAAACUUCAGUCGUGAACCUGGACCCUCACACUCUGAACAAAGAUCAGAGUCUCCAGUGUCCAGCUGUGUGUCCAUGAAGAGUGACCGGUCCAGAGGUCGUCCUCCAAACUUCAGUCGUGAACCUGGACCCUCACACUCUGAAGAGAAGAGGAGUCAUGUUUCUGAGGAGAAGCUGCCGUCCUGCUGUGCUUCUUGUCAGGACUGCCUGAAGGAUCCAGUCUCCACCAGCUGUGGACACUGGCUCUGCAGACGCUGCAUCACCUCAUACUGGGACCAGUCGGGUUCACCAGGAGAGUCCUCCUGUCCCCAGUGUGGACAAAGAUCCAGAACAGGACCUGGAGCUCAGACAGCAGCAGAUCCUGGUCUGCAGCAGGUUCUAGAUGAACAUAAGAUCAGUCUGAGGAGGAGAUGUGAACGUGUGACUGAAGGAAGUGAUGACAGAGGAAGUGAAACCCUCCUCAACAGGAUCUUCACUGAGCUCUACAUCACAGAGGGACAGAGUGAAGAGGUCAAUACCCAACAUGAGGUGAGGCAGCUGGAGACGACUUCCAAGAAGAAGACCCUCCAUGAAACUCCCAUCAAGUGCCACGACAUCUUUAAAGACGGACCCGACCAGCAGAGACGCAUCAGAGUCGUCCUGACGAACGGCGUCGCUGGCGUUGGAAAAACCUUCUUGGUGCAGAAGUUCACUCUGGACUGUGCCGAGGGUUUGGAAAACCAAGACGUCAGUCUGCUGAUUCUGCUUUCGUUCAGGGAGCUGAACCUGAUCAAAGAUGAGCGGCACAGUCUUCUCACGCUGCUCCAUGUUUUCCAUCCAACAUUACAGAAGGUCACAGCGGAGAAGCUCGCUGUCUGUAGACUGUUGUUCAUCUUUGACGGCCUGGAUGAAAGCAGACGUUCUCUGGAUUUCAACCACAGGGAGGUUGUGUCUGAUGUCACACAGAGGUCAUCAGUCAACGUGCUGCUGACGAACCUCAUCCAGGGGAAUCUGCUUCCCUCCGCUCUCGUCUGGAUAACCUCCCGACCUGCUGCGGCCAAUCAGAUCCCUCCGACUUGUGUUGACAGGGUAACAGAAGUACGAGGCUUCCCCGACGCCCAGAAGGAGGAGUACUUCAGGAGAAGGUUCAGUGAUGAAGAGCUGUCCAGCAGAAUCAUCUCACAUAUGAAGACGUCCAGGAGCCUCCACAUCAUGUGUCUAAUCCCAGUCUUCUGCUGGAUCAGUGCUACAGUUCUGGAGCACAUGUCGACCACAGACCAGAGAGAAGAGCUGCCCAAGACCCUGACUGACCUGUACUCACACUUCCUGCUGGUUCAGACAAGGAGGAAGAAAAACAAGUAUCCUGAAGGACGUGAGACGAGUCCACAGGAGCUGACGGAGUCCGACAGGGACGUUCUCCUGAAGCUGGGGAGGCUGGCGUUUGAACAUCUGCAGACAGGAAACAUUGUGUUCUACCAAGAAGACCUGGAGCGCUGUGGUCUUGACGUCACAGAGGCCUCGGUGUACUCAGGAGUUUGUACUGAGAUCUUCAGAACAGAGUGUGUGAUCUUCCAGAAAACCGUCUACUGCUUUGUUCAUCUGAGCGUUCAGGAGUUCCUGGCUGCAGUCUACAUGUUCCACUGUGUCACCAACAGAAACACAAAAGUACUGGACGACUUCCUGGGGACGAAUUGGAACAACACACGUGACUCUCCUCUGGAAGAAUUCCUGAAGACGACCAUGAAGAAAUCCCUUGAAAGUCAAAAUGGCCACCUGGAUCUGUUUGUCCGCUUCCUUCACGGCCUCUGCCUGGAGUCCAACCAGAGACUGUUAAGAGGCCUGAUGGGUCAGAGAGAGAACGAUCCAAAGAUCAUCCAGAGAGUCAUUAACAACCUGAAGGAGAUGAACAGUGAUGAAAUCUCUCCUGACAGAAGCAUCAACAUCUUCCACUGUCUGAUGGAGAUGAACGACCUCUCAGUACAUCAGGAGAUCCAAGAGUUCCUGAAGUCAGAGAACAGAUCAGAGAAGAAACUCUCUGAGAUCCACUGCUCUGCUCUGGCCUACAUGCUGCAGAUGUCAGAGGAGGUUCUGGAUGAGUUGGACCUGAGCAAGUACAACACAUCACGGGGGGGACGACAGAGACUGAUCCCAGCUGUGAGGAACUGCAGAAAGGCUCGAUUUAUUCACUGUCGACUCUCAGAGACUCACUGUGAAGUCGUGGCCUCAGCUCUGAAGUCCGACCCCUCCCACCUGAGAGAACUGGACCUGAACUCCAACAACCUGAAGGAUUCAGGAGUGAAGGUUCUGUCUGCUGGACUGGAGAGUCCACAUUGUAGACUGGAGACUCUGAGGUUGAGGAGCUGCAGUUUGUCAGAGAUCAGCUGUUCUUCUCUGGUCUCAGCUCUGAAGUCCAACUCCUCCCACCUGAGACAACUGGACCUGAGCUACAACGAGCUGCAGGAUUCAGGAGUGAAGGAGCUGUGUGGUUUUCUGGAGAGUCCACACUGUCGUCUGGAGACUCUGGGGUUGAGACUCUGCAGUUUGUCAGAGAUCAGCUGUUCUUCUCUGGCCUCAGCUCUGAAGUCCAACUCCUCCCACCUGAGAGAACUGGACCUGAGCAACAACGAGCUGCAGGAUUCAGGAGUGAAGGAGCUGUGUGGUUUUCUGGAGAGUCCACACUGUCGACUGGAGACUCUGAGGUUGAUGAACUGCAGUUUGUCAGAGAUCAGCUGUUCUUCUCUGGCCUCAGCUCUGAAGUCCAACUCCUCCCACCUGACAGAACUGGACCUGAGCUUCAACGAGCUGCAGGAUUCAGGAGUGAAGGAGCUGUGUGGUUUUCUGGAGAGUCCACACUGUCGACUGGAGACUCUGAGGUUGUGGAGCUGCAGUUUGUCAGAGAUCAGCUGUUCUUCUCUGGCCUCAGGUCUGAAGUCCAACUCCUCCCACCUGAGACAACUGGAGCUGAGGUUCAACAAGCUGCAGGAUUCAGACCUGAAAAAGCUGCGUGAUCUUGUCCAGAGAGUCGAGGGUUGAGACUGGAGCCAGUGAGGUGACGAUGUCAGCUGCUAAAUAACCUGGGACCCAACAUGAGGAUCGGACAGAGGAGGCGAGGAGCGACGCUCUGAGGACUCUGAGACGAUGACGAGCUGGAGAAAUGAUGGAAACAGGAGAAUGAAGUUGUUCUUUAAAUGUGAAGUGAAACAAAACCAAAGACUUAAGAUGACGUCUACAUCUGCUCUAACACACACACACACACACACACACACACACACACACACACACACACACACACACACACACACACACACACACACACACACACACACACAAACACACACACAGUCUUUGAUGCACUUCAUUUUUACUUUUUUUGUUUAUUUACAUUUAGGGGGAAGAGAUGUGUAAAAGACAGAACAUCUAGCCCCCCCCCCCCCCCCCCCGACAUAUGGGUAAAGGUACAAUAAAAAAAUUAUUUAUCACCUUGAUAAACCAAAAAAUAAAAUAUUAAUAUUUGCUCGCUCUCUCUCUCUCUCUCUCUCUCAAUUUCAAAUUCAAUUUCAAAUUCAAUUUCAAUUCAAAGCAGCUUUAUUGGGGAAACACAUUUACGUUGCCAAAGCAUUUGUCAAAAAACAACAAAUAAACGUAUCAAUGUACAUACAUAAUCAAAGUGGGCUAGUUAUUUACAUAUGGAGUUAUAUAUAUUAGAAUUAUUAUCAUAUUACAAUAUGCUGAUAUCUGGCAGGAAAGCUGAACAUGAUAUGCAAGCUGAGCAUUCAAAUGCAGCGCAUUUGAAUGCUCAGCUUGCGCUGCAUUUGAAUGCCACACGUGAGGCGACCUGGUGUACAAACAGGACAGUUACAUUUAGGGUCACUUACUACUGUCUGGUGCAUAUUAAACAAAAAUAACUCUCCAACAUUAAAAAGAAACCCUCAAGGAACGAGUUAACAAUGACGCAGUGAUGCUCAGGCUGAAUCGUGAGGUGAAAACUGUGAAGUCUUAUUAUCAGGCUGUAGUGUGGGGGUUCAAAUUGACACCAUUCACCCAUGGAAGCACGAUAUAUAUAUAUACAUACUGUAUAUAUAUAUAUAUAUAUAUAUUUGUGUGUUUUUAUUUGCUUGAAGAAACCUCCAAUGCUUUUUUUGGUGUGUUCAUUUCAACAGACUGAUUGUUGUGUGAACAUUCAACCUGAUGUACGCACUCAAGUGCCCGUCCCAUCCCCCCUCACUUGGCCCUGACCCCCCUCCGUUCUUCCACUCAGAGCCGGUCCUAGCCUACACGGGGCCCGAAGCAGAGAUUGAUUUGGGGCGAUCGACCUUCAGAAGCUCCCGUGAUGACCUUGGAUGUUGUACGUACGAUACGUACUGAUGCUUUGACACAUAAGAAGUUCCUCACGGACAAAAUAAAGUUAUUUGAAUUUGA